AUGCGCUGGCACAGCCAUCAUGUCGAAUCAGGCAGAAGGCGCCUUUCUCCAUUUCCCGGACGCCUUCAUCAUCACUUCAGCAUGGCGGAGGUGUUUGGCACCGUGUCCGCAGCCCUGAGUGUGGCGGCGCUCUUCAACAACGCCGUUGAGUGCUUCGGCUACGUCCAGCUCGGACGACACUACGGGCGCGACUAUGAGCGCUGCCAGCUGAAGCUCGACAUUCUCCAAGCCCGACUGACCAAAUGGGGCGACACCGUGGGCAUCCACGACGACGCCCGCUUCGCCACGACAUCCCCGACCGACGAAGCGACGCAGCGAGUCAGGAUUGUGCUCGAGGAGAUUGGCCUGAUGUUCCAGACGGCCAAAAAGACAUCCUCGCGCUAUGACAUCACAAAGAAGAUAUCAGACGCUGCGUGGCCGUCGCUGGACGUUUUCCAGGGCGUGCUGCGGAAAAAGGGCAAGGAGCGGCAGCGCGCGAGCUCGUUUAAGCAAAAGAUGAAGUGGGCGCUCUACGAUGCCAAGGAGUUUCAGCGGCUGCUGACCAACAUGAAUGGCUUCGUCGACGAUUUGGAAAAGCUGCAUCCGGCUGAGCAACAGCGUCCAGCAGCAACGCCCAAUACCCACGAUGCCCUGUCUGAGACGACGACGGCUAUUGACGAGGAGAGCCGCCGGGGCUCGGCCAAGAGCGACGACACGAUGGUCAUGGCGGUGGCCGAGAAUGUCUUUAUCGAUGAAAAGGCUAAAGUCAGAGUUGGAAAUGAGUAUUCGGCAAACAUCAAGGCUGAGACGCUGGCGACGAGGCCGGGCAUGGCCAAAGCUCACAAGAUUGAAGCCAAGGGCACGUCGAGGGUGCAAGUUGGCAACAGCUAUGGAUUUGGCAGCAUUUUCGAUGACUGA